CCGGGAAGGGCUCGGUCCGGUUGCUCGGUCUGCAUCUGUGCAUCUGUGCGUUGGGUUCCUCCGGGUAUCGAGACGCGUUUAAUGGCUCUAGAGUCUGCUUUUUUUCCUUUCCUUCCUUCCUCCCCCCCGCGGCGCUGCUGAUAGCAUCAACCCUCUUUUUAAAGCAAUAGUGAGGAUGAUAACAGUAAUGGCAUUGCUGCGCUUUUUAAAGGAUGUCGACCUUUACGGAGGUGUAAUUCACAGAUGCAAUACGUACCGUGUAUCCUAAGGGCAAACAUUUAGUUUUGGGGCGUGAUUGGAAGAAGCCCCCACCUUUUGGGUGUAUGGAGAUGUGUACAGGUUGCUUCUCUCCUUCUCUCCUCCUCUCCUGGUGCUCCGCUCCCUUCCAUCGCUCAGGAUUCCUCCUGCCUCACCCAUCCUGAACCGGGUGCCUCGAGCUCUGCUGCUGUCACUGGUCGGAGCGGUUCGUCGUGUCCGUGUUUCAUCUCCCCGUGCUCCCAUUAUAACAUAAUGGCUUUGUUUAUCCCGCCCAAGCCGUGCUGGUGAUGCUUAAAACAGGCCAGGACGGCUGUGAGUCAGCCCCGACCCCGCACCACGUGCUGUCCUCCCGGUGUUCCCCACCACAAACCGGACCGGUGGCACUCGGUGACACAGCUGUGACACGGCUGGAAAAGGUGCCGUGACUCAGCUCCUUCUGAGCGCUCAGCCAUAACGAUGCAUCCCUCAGAUUGCAGGAUGCUGCUCGCCCUGCCCCUGCGGGCAGCCUGCAGCCUGCUGGCCUGGCUUUCCCUCUACACGUGGUUCUGCCAUCGCUACAAGCACCGGAGCUAUGAGUGGAGCUGCAGGCUGGUCACGCUGACCCACGGCAUCCUCGCUACGUGUCUCUCUGCUUACAUAGGCUUCAUCGAUGGCCCCUGGCCUCUGAGUCACCCGGGAUCCCCAAACACAACCCUGCAGGUCCACGGGUUGUGCCUGAGCCUGGGUUACUUCCUCUUCGACCUCUGUUGGUGUGUGUACUUCCAGACGGAGGGUGCCCUGAUGCUGGCCCAUCACCUGGUGAGCAUUGUGGGCAUCGCCGCAUCGCUGGCGCUCGGUGAGUCGGCCGCCGAGGUCAACGCCGUCAUCUUUGGCAGCGAGAUCACCAACCCACUGCUGCAAGCUCGCUGGUUCCUCAAGGAGAUGGGCUGCUACCACAGCCUCACGGGGGACGUGGUGGACUUCUUCUUCGUGGUGCUGUUCACUGGGGUGCGGAUCGGGGUGGGGGCCUGGCUGAUGUACUGCGAGCUGACCUCACCGAAGCCCCGCUGGUACAUCAAGCUGGGGGGUGUCGUCAUGUACGCCGUCUCCUGGGUCUUCAUGGUCAGCAUCUGCCGCUUCGCCCGGAGGAAGAGCAUGAAGAAAUACCACGCGUGGAGAAGCCAGAGGGGCAAGGAGCUGAGCUUGAGAACGAACGGACAUCUGAAAAGCCACUGAUGCUGAGUAAGGACUUCCUCAAGCUCACAGGCUGGCAAGGAGGGGAUCGUGCCUGAGAUGCCGCUGUCGGGAGAGGAGCCAGCACACGUUAGCAGUUCUGGAGCCAAACUUAUUCCUGGCAUAACUCCACUGAAAUCCAUGGAGCUAUGCCAUGGGUUCAUGGGAUCCGCAGCGCUUGGCCUGGCAGAGGCUGGCUCAGCGUGUACGUAAGCACACCCUAAAUUACACGAGUGAAAGAAGGGCUACUUUUACCUCCUAAACACAACUGGUCCAGCAGUGCAGGUGUACAUAGCAGUGCUAGCAGCUUCCUCCUUCGGUGCUAGUGUGAUCUCAGAAGAGAUGGGAAAACAGCACUAGAUAUUGGUGUUCUGUGUUCUGUACAGUCUAGGCAGCUAGAUGACUCUUUGUCCUGCUAGGAAGAAGCAUGUUGGAGUGUUUUGUGGGAGCUGGGAUUCCUGGCUCAUCUUCCAGCCUGUUGGGUGACCUUGGGCAAGUCCCUGAACUUCCUAACCCAGUGCCUCAUUUCCCCAUCUGAACGGGGGGUGAUGGAGCUGGUCCAUCUGUUAUGCACUUUCAGACCUUUACUCGAGAGGUGCUAUGGAAACACAAAAUGAUGGUUGUCUCCACUUUGUUCAUUAUCCCCGUGUUUCCUUUGGGAGAAGUGAUGGUGGUGGUUGAGCUACCCUUUCUAAUUCUGUUCUGUAACUUAUUUGCUAACACAUGGAUAACUGAUUUUCCAGUAGAAUCAGCAGCUCUGCUCAGCGUGAGCGCCUUGCAGGACUCGGUGCUCUGAACCCAAAAGUUGCCACCCCUGAUGUGAAGCACUCUGGGGACUUUUUCCACUCCUCUUCACCCCGACUGUUAAAGCUCCAGCCAUGCUUUCCAAAUCCUGCCUUUAGCCCUCUGGGUGAGCAGUGUUCUCUAUAGGAGGAACCCCAUCAGGACUUGCAGUAAGUGGUUUUUGGGUGGACCCCUGACGUGGGCACUGCUGUGUCUGCAGAAUGGCAGCUCCUCUUUGCUGUGCUAUUGGUGGUUCCAGAUUCAGGUCAGUGCAUCUGAACCCAGAGUCUGGCAUUUAAAGAUUGUGGAGGAGUGUAGGUGCUGGGAAGAUGACUGGAAAAUGCAGCUCACUUAGAAUGAGCAUUGAUGUUUUUCCCCAGGACAGUAGCUAUCAGUUUUGACAAGAGUAUUUCCUGGGAUAUGUGAUUAGAGAGUGUCCAGAAUACAUCUCCAAAACAUGCUGGUUAGGGUGUGAUGUUACAAAGCAAGGCUUGUUGUCUGCCUUCUGGGCUCCAGCAUGGAAUCCCAGAUCCGAGGAAGGAGUACAAAGCUGUGGAGCACACAGUGGGAUCUGUCCUCAGGCCCAUCUGCAAAGGGAGCUGCAGAACUAGCGUGAAAUAAUAACUUGUGUUUGAAUUACUGUGUAAUAGCAACUAAUGUUCCACCAGUGAAUGGUGUAGAUG